AUGCUGGCAAUGAUUUCGCGGUUAGGGAUGCUAGGCUUGGUCGUCUUGGCACUCGGUCUCGAGGUGACGGGCGCUGUCCUUUUAUGCUAUGGCCAGAGGAUACUACAGCAAACCAAAUCUACUGUCACGAUCAUCGCUGGACUUGGCGUACAGACGUUUAGUCUCGUACUAAUGUUUGGCAUGAAAGAAUCGCCGAGGAUUGCAAGCUGCUAG